GUAUGUAGCCUAUGUCCUUGCACAACCCGGAAUAUGCUUCCCAUGUGGGUUAAGUGUAUUUACAGACUGCAACUCUUUCAAACUCCCCAGUUUCCUUCACACACCUGUCUUCCAACCUGAAACUCCCUCAGCAGUUUCUUUUGCUUUUUUUAUCCUGCCUGUUUUUCCAUUGCAGCCCUUUCUUUCUUAUUUGGUCCCUUGGGAGAGCAUGGCUGCCGGUGAAGGAACCAACUAGAGACAUGAAACCUUGAGAGCAGCUGCAGCAAAACAGGCCACAUCUCUUUCCUGCAGAAACCUGCUGCAGACGAUUACAAAGUGAGAGCUAGCACAGGCACACACGCACUUAUAUUCAAUAGGGAUGAGCUAACCUCCCAGGAGAGUGACUAGGAGAUAAACCAGGAGAUAAACAUUUAUUAGAGGAAGUUCAACACUAAUUCAUCCUCUUUCUGUGCCAGCAAGAGGGGCCAUGUCAAGGAUUCAAAAGCCAAAAAGAGGUCAUCAAACUACUCAAUGAAUUCUAAGGCUUCCUGCUUGACUGCCAGUCCUGGAACUAAAGACUUGCACAGCAUCUUUGCAAAACUUCCAAUCCGUAGAAGCUAAGGUUUUGCAAAGUUUUCUUAGCACAGAAAUAAGCCAAGCUGUCUUGCAACAUCUCCUUACAAAAAUCUUUGUCCAGUAUCUGAGGUGUAAUUUAUGCACUGGUAAUGGCAUGUGCUCUGGUCCAUGGGGUCAUGAAGAGUCGGACACGACUAAACGACUAAACAACAACAAUGGCAUGUUCAAAAGAUCAGACACAAAGCUGACAAAUGUUUAAAGGCACCUGUUGCAGAAUGCUGAAAUGUUGGAAGAUUUGAGACAGUCAAGAGAAAGUUCUCACACAGUGCACUGUUAAACUGUAUGGACUUUUGCUCCUACAGGAGGCAGUGAUCGCCACCAGUCUGGAUGCCUUUAAAAGAGAAUUUGACAAAGUGGAGGAGGAUAAGGCUCUCAACAGCCACUACUGCCUAGGAUGGCUAUGUUCUACCUCCACUGUCAGAGGCAGUAUGCCUCUGAAUACCAUUUGCUGGAGAUCACAAGCAAAGGAGAGUGCUGCUGCGUUCAGGUCCUGUUUGUAUGAUUCCUAAGCACUUCUGGGAUAGAACAGUUAGAACAGAAUGCUGAACUAGGUGGGCCAUUGGCCUGAUCCUGCAGGCUCUUAAUGUUCACUUGCAAUGGCACAGAAAGAUAAUCCAAUUUCAUAGAGUGGAGACAGAUUGCCAAUUCCUGCCCACCCCACCAAUCAUUGAAUUGAGAGAGGGACCCUAGCUUACCCAUUCACCACUUGAGAUUGUGGGAGAAACAAGCUAGGAAGAGACCACCACCUGGAGGACAAGUGGGAUUCUCUAAGGGCAGAAGAAAGAAGGAACUGGUGGAAGGAAGAAACAGUGAUGGUCACUGAUGGAGGAACAACAACUGGGGUGGGAGGAAGAAGAAACUCCUCGAGUUUCGAGGGCAUGACUUUUGGCUUUCCAAAAAUUAAAGAUUGUGAUAUUAUGUUUCUUAGCAAUAUUGAUGUGUACCAAGCCUGAGUAGUGAGGAAAGGGGGAAAAGAGCUGGCAACUGGGAGGGGAAAAAAUGGUCGUGUGCAUCCACCCUCUGACUAUUAAACAGAAGAGUGUGUGUUUAGAGGGUGGGGGUGAAUGCUAGGACUAGAUAGAGGAAAUAGCUGAAUAGGCUGCAUAGGUAGUCUGGAGCGGCGGCGGCCGCAGCAACAGCAGCAGGUAGAUCUCGAUAGGAUCUGGGUGCGCGGGGUGGGGGUGUGGCUGGCUGGCAGCCAGUGCCAAGCAGAGUCUCCAUCUUCGCUCUCCCUCCCUCCCCGCCAUCUGCUCGGCCGCACUUUGGCUCAGACCACACCCACCCGCUCCUUUCUUCCCCCGGGGGAGCGGGAGGCAGCAGCCAGCCAGCCAGCCCUCGCCAGUUGCCAGGAAGCCGUCCGUCGGCGAUGCCCUCUGAUUGGAACGCUGCGCUCAUCCAUCAGGGCGGCCGGCGGAGGGUGCCUGCUCGCUCCUCGCCGCGUCUCGGACCAGGAGGGGCCAUGCCGAGGCUACGGGCUUAGCGGGUGGGGGUGGGUGGCGGCAGGAGGAGGAGGAAGAGGCUGGCUUUCUUGGCAGGCGAAAGGCGCGCCCAGCCACCUCCGGCUUCCACCAUGAGUCCGGCGUGAGCGCAGCCGAGGGCGCACGGACAUCUCCAUGGUGCAGGACGGCGGCAUGUCACGCACACCUUACAGCUCCAGCCAAGACAUCCAGAUGGAGGUCUUGGACAACCCGGGCCUCCAGGGGAAAUAUAGCAAAAGGAAGAAUCGCUUCAAACGCUCCGAUGGCAGCACCUCAUCUGACACGACUUCAAACAGUUUCGUCAGGCAGGGUUCUGCUGAGUCCUACACCAGUCGGCCCUCUGAUUCCGAUGUGUCACUGGAGGAAGAUCGGGAGGCCCUGCGCAAGGAGGCAGAACGCCAAGCCCUAGCACAGCUGGAGAAGGCAAAGACCAAACCAGUGGCAUUUGCUGUGAGGACAAACGUGGGCUACAAUCCAUCUCCCAAUGACGAUGUGCCGGUCCAAGGCCUGUCUAUUUCCUUUGAACCCAAAGACUUCCUUCAUAUCAAAGAGAAAUACAACAAUGACUGGUGGAUCGGACGCCUGGUCAAAGAAGGCUGUGAGGUUGGCUUCAUCCCCAGCCCUGUCAAGCUGGAGAACAUGCGGAUGCUGCAGGAGCAAAAGAUGAGGCAGCACCGACUCAGCUCCAGUAAAUCAGGAGACAACUCCACCUCCAGCCUGGGAGAUGUGGUGACUGGCCCCCGGAGACCCACCCCGCCUGCCACUGGUACCUUGGACAUGACUAACUUAGCUUAUGACCCAGACGCCCUUGACUUAGAGGAGGAGGAGGAGGCCACCGAGGAGAACCAACGAACCCCCAAGACUAGUGUUAGCAGCGUCACCACGCCCCCCUCCACCACCAAGCGCCGCCCCUUCUUUAAGAAGGCGGAGCAUGUGCCACCGUAUGACGUGGUUCCUUCCAUGCGGCCCAUCAUUCUUGUAGGCCCAUCCUUGAAAGGGUAUGAGGUGACGGACAUGAUGCAGAAAGCUCUGUUUGAUUUCCUGAAACGCCGAUUCGAUGGCAGAAUAUCUAUCACACGUGUGACAGCUGAUAUCUCCUUGGCCAAGCGCUCGGUCCUCAACAACCCCAGCAAACACACCAUCAUCGAACGCUCCAGCACCCGCUCUAGCCUGGAUGUCUUGGCUGAAGUGCAGAGUGAGAUUGAGCGCAUCUUUGAGCUGGCCCGCACCCUGCAGCUGGUAGCCCUGGAUGCAGACACCAUCAAUCACCCGGCUCAACUGUCCAAGACCUCAUUAGCGCCAAUUAUCGUCUAUAUCAAGAUAUCCUCCCCCAAGGUGCUGCAGAGACUGGUGAAAUCGAGAGGCAAAUCUCAAGCCAAGCACCUGAAUGUGCAGAUGGUGGCAUCGGACAAAUUGGCGCAGUGCCCCCCUGAGAUGUUUGACAUUAUCUUGGAUGAGAACCAGUUGGAAGAUGCCUGUGAACACCUGUCCGAGUACCUCGAAGCCUAUUGGAAGGCCACGCACCCUCCCAGCAGCAACCCGCCCAAUCCGCUGCUGACCCGCACCAUGGCGACUGCUGCCUUGGCUGCCAGCCCCGCCCCGGUCUCCAACCUCCAGGGACCCUACUUAGUGCAUGGGGAGGAGCCGCUCGACCCAGAGCACACCAGCCUGCACGACUAUGCGGGGCAGCUGGCUGGGCAUGGCCAGAUCCGCGCCGCGCCGCCCCCCUCCCACUUUGCCGCCCGGGGCCUUUCCCGUCAGGACACCUUUGAUUCGGAGACGCAGGGCAGCCGCGACUCUGCGUACACUGACCCAGCGGAUUCCUGCAUGGACAUCGAGACCGACCCCUACGAGGAGCCGGAGCCUCGUCGCACCCACUGCCUGGGCCACCGCCGCCUCCAGGGGUCCUGGGAACCCGAGGAGCCAGAGCAGCAGCGGAGCCACCUCCGGGGGCACCGCCACCCCCAGCGCCAGGGUUCCUGGGAGGCCGAGGAGCCCGACCGGCAAAACCACAACCGGUCUCUCCGUGGGCACGGCAAGGGGCGGGAGCGCUAUUGCCAGAGCGAGGAGGAGGAGGGCUUGCGCCACAACCACAAUGACGUAGAGGACUGGGCGCGAGACACCUAUAUCCGCUAAGGCCCUGAGGGGCAGGGCUUUUAUCCGCUGAGGGAGAGGCCUCUUCCCACGCAGAGCCUUGGGGACAGGAGCUGUCUUCAGUUGCCUGGCACCCGGGGGUAGGUCCAGCCUCUCCGGAGGAUUGUCCUUCACCCACCAAGCGGUUUGUGGGCAGGCAUAUAGCGUUUGCGCCUCAGAAGCAGCACCAUCGCUGGCCGGGUCUGCGUGAACUCCCUUUCCUUGCCACCCUUCUCUGGGGACACCUUCCACCUCCCCACCCGCUCCUCUGCCUUGCCAUUUGUGCCAACAACCUCUUGGACCACCCUCGUCCUGCCAGCCAGCCAGCCAGCACUGCCUGGCCUUUUCCCUCAAGGUCACAAAUAAUCACAUAUACCUUAAAUAACGAAAGCUCCCCUCUCUCCUCAGAGGCCCCCUUGUGGACCUGGAGAGGGAGAGGGCCAGUCUCCACUGGUGCCUGGAAUCACCCCAACACUUGGGUGGCAGCUGAGGUAGACUGCUGGCUGCCCCUCCUGAGAUCCUGCGUGCCUCGCCCCAUGCAAGGCCAAACUGCUCCCAAAUGAAGAAUCCGGCCCUCUCCCCUCUAUAGGUUUACACCAUCAUAGAUCUCUUUCUUUGCCUGUCUCGAGGUGCUUUCCCGGCCCAACCGCUGGGGUGCGGGUGGGUGGGAUGGAGGAGAGGCAAGGGGAAGAGUAAAAACCAUCUCCUAGUUUUCUGUCAUAGGAUCAGCUUCUCUGCCAGAUCCUCUCCAGUGCCUACGAAAGAGAAAUCCAACCCCGGCCACCUUAAACUCUCCAGCCCAACCCAUCCUCCAGUGCCUCAGCUCACGACCCUCUUGGAUGUAUGUCACCUGCUGGGCAGAUCCUGGGCAUGCAGGGUGUGUGCAUGUGUGUGUGUUGUUGUGUGCCGUGCUUGGCAGGGAGAAAGGCUCCGGACUGUCCAUGUUCAUAACCAGCUGUGGGUUUGCUCUUAACGCUGAGUUUGGAGACCUCUUUCCAGCACGUGUGAUAGCUUGGCCUGGGGUGUUUCGCAGGUGAAAAGUAGAAAGGUAUUGCCACCAUUCUGAAACCAGAGAGGUGAAGUGAUCCUUCCUGACUAAAAAUGGCCGCCUGCUUACAUUUGCUGAAGGUGUGCUGCCUUCUCUCACAGCAGAAAACUGAAUCCAUCCCACUGUUGCCUCUUCCUUUCGGAAGGUUGUUGUUGGGUUAGAAUUUCCCUUUCCAUCAAGACUUGGGGAAACCAGCCUGUCUCUGUCUUGCAAAAUCAGACUCCUCGGGAGUUUUGCCAGUGUGUGUCGAGGGGAGCCAGUAGCAAUUGCUGCUUGGCGUGGUUCUUGUAUAUCUGCAGUUCAAGCACAUGGCUCCCACUGGAAAGAAAUGAAUGGUGGGAUGGAUGGAGUGGGCCGCACAGCCGUUAAGUGCAGUCCUUUACCUGUCACCACUGACCCCUCCUGUGCCUGCUUUGGAGCUCGGGACCAAGUGGAUCUGCGGAGGCUGUGGGUGGCCUUCAGCCUAGAGAUUUUGUCCCUCCCUCUAUAAACCCCAGAGGGAAAAUAAUAGCUGUGGUUGCUUCUCCAAAUGUCAGUAGUACCCAGUAGGUUCCAGCUUACCCAGGCUCAGCUUUUGGGCUCUGCUCUUGUGCCAAAACCUGCCCUUAGGUGCAAAGACCACACUUUUGAAGGCUGACCCUUCACCCUUGCUCAGAAUGUAACUGACACCCUUGACAUCUGAAUGCAACACCCUUCUGGAGUUUGUCUUUUUCCCCAGAAAUUUGACAACUACGUUCCACCUUCUCUUGAGGCUGCUAAGAUAGAGUUUUGGGUAGCUGGGGUGCUUUUUGUUUUUGUUUGUUUAGCGAUGUACAUUUUAUUCGUGGCAUAAUUCCCACAAGGCUCCCUGACCCAACUGAAGCCCAUCCUCUGUUUCCAUCAUCCCUUUCUUCCCCUGUGUGGUUUGUAACUGACACACUGGGUGCCCCAGUCUCCGUUAAAACAGCACUGCUGACUUCAGCAUGAAUGUAAAAUUAUUUGAGGUGAAGAAACUGGAAACUUGUUUGUCAGGCAGAAAAUAGCAUGUGAAACAUGGCCUUAGAUCAGCCCUUCAGGCCUUACCUGGGCUAAAGCUCUAGUGAGCUUGGCAUAUUCAGCUAAGUGGGAGAAAAAGACGCUUAAUGUGGCCUAUGACCUAAUCUACAAGUGCACCUAAAAGGAACAUAUGAGCGGUGUAAAGUUAAAGAAGGCAAGGUACAAGACUAAUUGCUAAUGAGAAACGCAGGUUGGAAAUUGGAAACCUUGCUGGCGUGGGGUGGAGCCUGCCCUUGUUGCCAGGAGGACAGUGGACUUGAUAUCUUCCUGUUCUUUUUCAGCUACAGUGAAUCCAUCCCCUUCCCCCAAAAAAAUCAAUUUGUAAUUCCCACAGACAUUGCCAGAUACUGUUGGUUCUACUGUUGGGGGUGGGGGUGAUAUUCUGUUGGGGUUGCUGGUGUUGUUGCCCAUAUUUUAAGCUGCUGUCCCUUAUCCCAGAGCCUUGUACAUCCACCGCACUUUAAUGGACAUCCUUUAUAUCAAACGCCGCAGUUCAAAGCGUUGCUUGUUUUCGAAAUAUUGACCUGGGAGCCUUGGAAGUCCUUUGCGUGUUGAGACAUAAAAGACCUUGGAGACAGGAAUAGAACACCUGAGUUCCUUAGGUCCAACUCAGCUUUAGGUUGUUUCGUUUUGUGCCACCACCAGGGGAUUUAACAUACAAAAGGACAAAAGUGGACCUGGUACACCUUCAAGUUUGCUUCUACAGUGGAUUUCACAUGUCUGUCUGUCUCCCCUACUGUUUUUAAGAGAUACAAAUUCAGAAGGUCAAGUGCUCUCUACACAACGUCUCCCCCCCCCCUUGAAACUCAGCCUUUCUUGUUAGGCGAGAGUUGUAAAAGACCAGCAAAGAAAAAUAUGGCAAAGAGGAUUUGAACAAUGAGAAAAGUGAAUUUGUUGCUUAACAAUUUAAUUUAAGAGAGUUUAUUUUAUAUUAUUUAUUCUUAGCAUUGUUCUGAGGGGUAGGGAUUCCUUGGCCAAACUUGAAUUCUUUGUAGUAAAUAGCUUCACCAGAAACCCUUAUAACUGGAGGUACUGUAUAAAGUGGGGAGGCAUUUUCAAGAAUGUGCUACUGAGUUUUCAGAUAAUGAAGCAUGACCAGUCCCAUCCCCUGGCUUAUAUUUGCAUCCCUCUGAUUUAUUCUCCACUUUGGGUUGUUUUGUUGUUUAAUUUGGGGGGUUGGGGGGGUAGAGAAGGCUAUUGGAUAUAGAGAAUAAAUUCUGCCAUGUCUCUGCCUCUCCAUUAUUACAAUUGAUUUUUCAGUGCUCCAAUGACCCAUCCCCAUUACCAUGGGAAUAAAAGUAUUUUAUAAAAUGCA